CGAUAUUAUGCAUAUGCAAACCUACAGAGAGAUAAUACCAUUUCCUUCCCAUACUAGGGUUCAAGAAUACACACACACACAGACACACACACACACUGAAAGCGUACUAGCAUCAGAAACACGAGACAACGUUCUUACUCUCCCGCAGAC